GCAGUCACCACCUCAACCAGUCUGCCUACAACUUCCGUGAGAACCGUAUCGCAACGCUGUCUGAAACGCAAAUUAAUUAUUGGCCGCAUGCCAGUGUUAAUUAUUUCUAUUGUCUGGAACUCACUUAUAAAAUUGCGGUUUGGAUAUGAUACACGAGCCUGGAUAUGAACCUGUAUAGAAAAAUCAUAGUUUUAAUCUCGUUUCUGUAGGUUUCCAAACUCAUGUUCCAAGUUGUUAUUCCGUUUGGGAGAAAAAAGUUGUUAUUCCGUUUAAGGAGAAAAAAGUUUGUUAGAGUCGUGUGUGUGUGUUUCAAUCGUUUAAAUCAGUUAUUCAACUCAACAUUCAAUUUAUCUCCUUUACAUUGAAGAAAGGAGUGAAAAGUUAUUUAAUUUCAAAGUUUUUUUGAAGUGUUCAAUUCAAUUGCUUGGUUUCGCCAGAUUUAGUACAAGACAUUUCAUGUUGUAAAUUCUAUUUCUCAAUUAUCGUGACGUCAUAGCUCGGUUGUGCGUUUGAUUCAACUCCCGCGUCUACCCCGCCGGUCUACAACCUCCUGUCCUGCCUCGUCUGACCAUCAACUUGAUGCCUGUUCACCGGAGAGACUUCAUCGAGAUAAGUUAUCGCUGCUGGCUUGCAUUACGAGAUCGAAUCUGUAUGCGGCUUUAGCUGAAGUGCAGGCACCCGAUGCAUUGAUGAAUCAGCUGAUGUCCAUCACCAGCGUCCAAACCAAAGGAGUGAAGCAGGUGUUGUCGGAUGCAAAUGGAGACACGCACGCGCACGACUCGCGUGAAAAGACUACCAAGACGAUGGUGAAUGCGAUCAAAGGCAGCAAGCGGAAGCAUCUUGUUGAAUGUUCGAUCCGAGAAGAGAAAUUACGCAAACACGAUGGGGAUCCGACUGUUGUUGGCUUCGAUAUUUCUUCUGAAGAUGAUUUUGAUAGUGAUGGGGAAUCUGAAGAAAAUGAAGUGGAAAAAACUGUUAUUGAAAGUGCAAAUGUUGAAACUGCUGAGAAACCAAAAUUGGAACCUGCAAAUGUUAAAACAACUGAGAAACCGAAAUCGGAACCUGCAAAUGUUGAAACAACUGAGAAUCCGAAAUCGAAACCUGCAAAUGUUAAAACAACUGAGAAACCAAAAUCAAAACCUACAAAUGUUAAAAAUGCUGAGAAACCAAAAUUGAAACCUGCAAAUGUUGAAACAACUGAGAAACCGAAAUCGAAAUCUACAAAUGUUAAAAAUGCUGAGAAACCAAAAUAUAAACCUGCAAAUAUUGAAACUGCUGAGAAACCAGAAUCAAAACCUGCAAAUGUUGAAACUGCUGAAAACCCGAAAACGAAACCUGUUGUAUUUGUGCCUGUAUUUAGAAAGCCCGCAAUACAAGAGGAUCGCUUGAAACUACCGAUUCUUAGCGAGGAGCAAGCUAUAAUGGAAGCCGUCAACGAGAAUCCAAUUGUGAUACUGUCUGGAGAAACUGGAAGUGGUAAAACUACUCAGAUGCCUCAGUUCCUGUAUGAAGCCGGUUACACGAGAAAUGGCAGAAUGAUCGGUGUGACUGAACCAAGGCGGGUCGCCGCCAUUUCAAUGUCCCAGAGAGUGGCUCAAGAACUCAACUUGUCUAGUAAGAAAGUGUCUUAUCUCAUCAGAUUCGAAGGAAAUGCAACCCCUGAAACCGAAAUCAAAUUCAUGACCGAUGGUGUUUUGUUGAAAGAAAUACAAAUGGACUUUUUGUUGAAGAAAUAUUCUGUGAUAAUUAUUGACGAGGCGCAUGAACGUAGUGUUUACACAGAUAUCUUGAUAGGACUUUUGUCUCGAAUAGUUCCAUUGAGAAACAAGAAGGGAGACCCUCUUAAGCUAAUUAUUAUGUCGGCCACUUUGCGACUUGAAGAUUUUGUCGACAAUAAGCAACUGUUCAAGAUUACACCCCCUCUGAUCAAAGUUGAAUCAAGACAGUUUCCUGUUACCAUUCACUUCAACAAGAGAACAGAUCCCAAUUAUGUGAAGGAAGCUUUCAAGAAAGCCUGUAAAAUACAUACUCAACUACCUGAUGGAGGAAUACUCAUUUUUGUAACAGGACAACAAGAAGUCAAUCUGCUAGUCAAGAAAUUAAGAAAAUCCUUUCCAUUCCAUCAUUCUAAAGAUAAAGUGAAUGAUGAGAACGAUGUUGAUGAAGCGUUGGACAGGGUUUUGAAAAAACGUAGGAGAAGAAAAAGUAAUGAGAAGAAGAUAGUAAAGUUGCCAGACAUCGAUUUGAGUAUGUAUGGGGUAGCUAAUGACGACACAGAAGGUGAUUUACUUGAUGAGUUGGAUUCAGAUGAGGAUUCAGUUGAUGAUGGUGGUGAAGGAGUGACGUCAGAGCAGAGGCCGAUGUGGGUGCUGCCUCUGUACUCGCUGUUGCCCGGCCACGAGCAGGCCAAGGUGUUUGCGCCGCACCCCGAGGGCAGUCGACUGUGCGUGGUGGCCACCAAUGUUGCCGAAACCUCGCUUACCAUUCCCAAUGUCAAGUAUGUGGUGGACAGUGGAAAGGUGAAGAGCAAAGUGUACGACAAGCACACCGGCGUGUCUGCGUUCUCGGUGAUGUGGACGAGCAAAGCGUCGGCCAAUCAGAGGGCGGGUCGCGCCGGCAGGACUGGACCCGGCCACUGCUACCGGCUGUACGCGUCGGCUGUGUUUAACGACAUGUUUGCAGCGUGGGCCGAGCCCGACAUCAGGCGCCGACCUGUGGACGAUCUGUUGUUGCAGUUGAAGGCCAUGGGCAUCGAUCGAGUCAUCAACUUCCCCUUCCCCUCGCCACCCGACACUCUCCAACUGGAAGCUGCUGAAAAGAGGCUGAUUCUGCUGGGCGCUCUCUCUCGCAAGUCUUCUCAAGAUGGCAAGUACACUGGUGAUGACAGCCAACUGACGAAACUGGGCGAAUCGAUGUCGGUGUUUCCGAUUGCGCCUCGGUUCUCGAAGAUGCUGUUGCUGAGUGACCAGCAGCCGGGCCUGAUGCAGCAGAUGGUGGCGCUGGUGGCCGCCCUGUCGGUGCAGGAGCUGUUGUUGGUUGGCGAGCGGCGGUGGCACGAGGCGAGGCGCCUGUCGAUCGGCAGCGGACACUCGCAGCACCUCGGCGACAUGAUGGUGCUCUUGAAGGCGGUCGCCGCCGCAGAGUUGGUCUACUCCACCCAGUUGCAGUCUUUCCCCAGCUAUUGUGUCGACCACGGCCUGCGCAUCAAGGCCGUCCUGGAGGUCAGGAAGUUGCGGCUGCAGUUGACCAACGAGCUCAACAUGAACAUCAAAGACUUGGACCUGUAUGUUGACCCCAAGAUGAAGGCGCCGACUGAUUUACAGGCUAGACAGCUGCGGCAGAUCGUGCUGGCCGGGAUGGUUGAUCAGGUGGCCGCCAGAGUGAGUGAGGAGGAGGCUAUGGCUGGCGGGGUGCGCAGGGGGAAGGCCGCCUACCAGAUCACGGGCACCGAUCAGCUCGUCUUUCUGCACUCGAGCUCCGCGCUCUACAAGCAACAGCCCAGCUGGCUCGUCUAUCAGCAAGUCACCGACAAUGGCUCCAAAAUGCAUCUCAGAGGUGUGACCAGUAUAGAGCCUGAGUGGCUACCAGUGUUUGCUCCGACUCUGUGCAAUCUGACACCUCAAAAAGAACCAUCACCCACCUACAAUGCAGAAAAAGGAGUUCCAUUUUGCUUUGCCACCGGAUCGUUCGGUCCCAAUGGAUGGCAAUUGCCAAUCAUGGAAAUAGAAUAUCCUCAAUCUCUUGAGAGAAUUCGUUGGUUUGCUGUUUUCAUCCUAGAUGGCUCGGUGUGUCCAAAACUCGCAAAGUAUGUGAAAUCACUGUUGUCUACUCCACAAACAAUGGUCAAAUCAUGGGCCAGUGUUGUUCCUCGAACACAAGUACUUUUGAAGGCACUAGCGGAUGAGCAAAUAAGCUCCAGAAAGGAUCUCUUGUUUCAGUGGACGAACAACUCUAAAUAUCUACUUAAAGAAUAUCUACUUUGGAUUCCUGAAGGGGGACACGAUGAAGUGACUCUACUCUGGCCACCAGUCGAAUCUGAAGAGCUUCGUGGCAUCUCUAGAACUGCAAACAAGUACUAGAACUACAGAACGGUAACGCUAGGAUAGCCUACUCUCAUAUUUCUGCCAAAACCCACAUUGCUGUGAUAUCUUCACUUUGAAUAACUAGGAAUAGUGACUAUUAUUAUUGACCGAAGUGAGGUCUAAGAUUCAAGUCGACGGUUUGGCAUUUCUCUUAAUGUUUAAAUGUUUAUGUGUUUAUAUAUUUAUAUGUUGCGCAUUUACGGCAAAUUUUCAUGAAAUUUGACAGGUAUGUUCCUUUUUAAAUUGCGCGUCGACGUAUAUACAAGGUUUUUGAAAAUUUUGCAUUUCAAGGAUAAUAUAAAAGGAGAAAGGAGCCUCCUUCAUACGUCAAUAUUAGAGUGAAAGUCAGACUAUAGAAUUAUUCAUCAUAAAUCAGCUGACAAGUGAUUACACAGAUGUGUGGAGAAGCCAGUCUAUUGCUGUAUUUCCAUAAGGUCUAUAGUUUCAAUCAGGUACUUGUGGAUGAGAAUACUGCGUGAGGUCUACUAUUUACAGUAGUAGUAUAGGGAUAAUAUAAAAAGAAAAAGGAGUCUCCAACGAACGCCAAUAUUAUCGUAGAAAUCAGACUAGAGAAUUAUUGAUCAUAAAUCAGCUGUCGAGUGGAUUAUUGAACGAGCGAAGUGAGGUCUAAGAUUCAAGUCGACGGUUUUGCAUUUUGUCUUUAUUUAUGUUGUUAUGUUUAUAUUUAUAUUCCGCAUUUACAGCGAAACGCAGCAAUAGAUUUUCAUGUAAUUUGACAGGUAUAUUCCUUUUUGAAUUCCGCGUCGAUGUAUAUAAGGUUUUUUGAAAUUUUGUAGUUUAAGGAUAAUAUAAAAGGAAAAGGAGUCUCCUUCGAACGCCAAUAUUACUGUAGAAAUCAGACUAGAAUUAUUGAUCAUAAAUCAGCUGUCGAGUGGAUUAUUAAUUGCAUGCAAUUAAUAUAUCAAUGUAACUUGGUAAAAAUCAGCUGUCGUGUGGACAAUUAAUUGUAUUCAAUGAGGCAUGCAAUAAUUGAUAACUCGAAAUAGCAUAAUAUUUUCUCCCGACUUUUCUCUGCUUUCAACUCGGUAAGCUUUUAAUUAUAUUAGCAUAGUUGUUUACAACAAAUUAUUAGCAUUGUCGGUACAACAACCCAAACAUCCAUUAGUUGUUUACAAACCAAUAUCUCGCCGACACGACAGGUCAGGACAUAAUUUACUCUGUUAGCAUUAGAGGAGGCUGUGGUUUAUAACUGCGCGAGGUCUACUGUUCACAGAACUACUAGUUUAGAACAAUUUUCUGCAAAAAUCCACAUUACUGUAACAUCUUCACUUUCGAAAAUUACAAAUAGUGACUAUUAUUAUUUAAAACCGUUUAUUUUAAACAGUUAUUUAUAUUGUAAAAUGACUGGUUAUUGCUGGCCCGGUUCAAAAGAGAAACAUUAUUAUUAAAAAUGAAUACUCUUUGGCAUGAAUCUGUUGCCAGACAUUCAUGAAUUCUCUUCGUUGCCAACUGGUAAAUGUAUUGUAUUCUGUAUUUAAGUAGGUUAAUAAAUUUUGAUUCAGAAGGAAUCAAUCUAUCAUCAUAGAGCCAUAGGCUAUUUAUUUAUUUCUGGGUACAAUUACAGGUCAUAUUAUGAAUAUGAUUGGGAUUGAAGAACAGGCUUUGCCCAAAACUAAUCUACUCCCAAAUUUUGAUAACUGAGGUUUCUGACCGUGACCUGUGGUAGAAUGGCGUCCCUUUCUUCGACCUGAAUUUCACUUUAUCAAAAUCUGAUUUCCUUGGAGGAGUACGCGACUAGGUGCCAUCCCGACUACUUGUCCCCUUUUAAAACCGGUUAUUAGGGGACAAGUAGACGUGAGCCAUACCCGUCGAAUUGUUUCCUUUCUGAGGAGGUGACAACUAGUCGGGGGGACACCCUGUCGUGAGGGCGAGGUGUCAAGUUGUCGUUUACGGUCAUGACUAGAGGGCACCUCCGGUCCAGUAGGUAUCAAGUAGUCGGGGUGACAACUUGACGGCAAUGGUAUAUUUUUACGAGGGUACAAGUAGUCGUCUACGGUCACGACAACCUAUCCCCUCGACUCCACUCCACAAGAAAUCACCAUUCCAGCUGGCUCUUGAAGUUGGAAAAUGAAGCCCAACUAUCAAGUUCUAUAUGAAAAGGCAUUAAGAUUCCUAAUUUUGAUAUAAUAAGAUAUUUUCAACAUCAUGUCUUUGUGAGUGAGCCUUUUCAACCAUGGUGCAAUCAAGAAUAAGUGUAGAAACAAGUGUAUAUAAAUAAUUAUUUUUACUCUUAUUAGUUAAAAGACUUCAUGUAAUACCUCAGUUGAUAACCCGACUGAUAGAUUCAUCUGCCAUAUCAUGAUGGAUGAAAAUUUGACUGUCCUAGCUUUAGGCUCAAUUUACUCGUAAGCGGUACUUCUGACGGGAAAAUGUAACUGAACAAAAUGUGUUUAGAAUUGUGUUCUACAUGUGGUUCAGUCAUCAAAAGGGCUUAUAUUCAUUUUUUCUGUUUUCAACCAACUCGAAGACGGCGAAUAUCUCCCGAACCGUGCGUUUGACAGGAAAAUGUUACUGAACCAAAAGUGCUUAGAAUUCAAUUCUACAUCAUAAAAAAUUGCUUGAUCCCUCCUCCCUACCCCGCAGGGGUGUAAGUUGUGCCAACUGGUGCUCUGUAGGUGACAAGUAGUCAUAGUGCACGCUGGCGUCAAGGUGUCAUGUAGACGUGAGUCAUCCCUGUGUACUUGUCUCCUUUCUAAGGAGGUGACAACUAGUCGGGGGGACACCCUGACGCGAGGGUGCGAGGUAUCAAGUAGUCGUUUACGGUCAUGACUAGUUGCCACCUUUGGUCCAGUAGGUGUCAAGUAGUCGGGGUGACAACUAGACGGCUACUCCCUUCGAGAAGCUGGUAGGCCCGGAAGGAGCGGUGCGUAAUCUUAGUACUGCUUCCAUACCAUAGUCCAUCAAUAUCAGCAACUCUUUAUCCUUUCUCAAAUCGUUGUUGUUUGAUAUUGAAAAGACAUUUUGAAUUUAAUAAAAACAAUUAUAAGACAACAAUUUUCCAAAAAUAUUGUAAUAAUUUAUGAAUAUUUAAUAAUCAAUAAUAAGGAAACCCUAUUACUAAUUAUUCAGUAUUCUCAUAUAAUGGAAUGAACUCAGGAAUAAUUUAAGUAAACAUAAUAAAUGGUUUGAAAUUUAUUAUUAAAAAAAGAGACGAACACUGUAAAAUCUGGCUUCUAUGAAGAGCGGACUGUGUUGGCAACACAGUGCUGAAAUAACUGCUAGAAAUA